UUAUCAUUUAAAGAAGGUGUUGUUAGGAAAUUUAUACUGUACACAUCUGUGUAGUAUAGCGUUCUGAUGAUUUCUUUUGCUUAUUUUCAGAAAAAGGAGAAGAGAGAUAAUCCUACACCAGAACCAAUGCAAAACCAGAAGAAAGAUAAAGGUUCUGGAUCAAGACCAAGGUUAUUACCCCCAGAAGCAUUUGGACGGGAGGGCGGAAAUGACCGUGACCGUGACCGUGGAAAGGAUCGAGACCGUCAAAAUAGAAAUAAUAGAAGUAGAUUCGAUGAUGAUUCAUACGACAACAGAGGAGGGAGAGGAAAUAUGGGACGUAACAGAGACAGAGAUAACUUUGGCGGCAGCGGCGGUGGAGGUGGAGGUGGUGGUAACUGGAAUCAAGGCAAUAAUCGUAAUGACUAUGGAGGGAAUGACAACUUCAACAAUCGUAAUCGUGGAGAUUGCAAAUGCGACAACAACAAACCCUCCCAAGAUGGUGGGCCCAGCAGCCCCAGUGACGCCCCCAGUGCUGUCAUCUUGGAUGCUGCUUCUCCUGAAAUAAGGAGAGAUGAUCGUCAGUCUGGCGGAGGUCAGUUUGGAGGUGGGGGUCUUGGCGGUGGGUCAGGUGUUGGUUUGACUGGUGGUCCUACUGGAACUCUCCUAACCAAACUUGCUGAUUGUUCAGUGAAGAGUGAAGGCGAUGCAGAGUUAGCUACAAAUGUAAUAGGUCUUUUGUUGAAGUCAUUAAAAGAUUAUAGUAUGAAGAAAGGCGAAUCAAAAGUUGCAGAACUCUUACUUCAGGCCGAACUAAAAAUGAGUACGAUCAAAGCCCUCAAAGUCGGACUGCAGUACCUUUCUGGAUCAUCAGAUGCACCAGGUUUCGGUGGAGGAAUGGGUGGUGGCAGCUUGAUGGGAGCUCCACCAAUGGGAGGCAUGAUGGGCGGUGGAAUGGGAGGAGGCAUGGGCGGUGGGAUGGGAGGAGGCAUGGGCGGCGGAAUGGGUGGAAUGGGCGGCGGCAUGGGCGGAAUGGGAGGCGGCAUGGGCCGCUUUGGACGAUAGGUGUGAAUUGGCAUACCUUGUGAGGAGGAAUAAUGGGAGACUGGAAACCCUGACUUAAACCACAAGAAGACAGUUGGGCAUUUGAUGAAGAAAAAAAACUUACCUAAAGUGGUUUUACCCAAAGUGGUUUUAAUAGAGUAAACCUAGAGUUUAGAGUUUUAUAAACUAUUUAUUGAGGUACAAAGUUACGUAUGUACAGUAUAAAGCAGGUUUUGUGACCUACAGAUGCCACUUCCUUUUAAUUUGAGAAUUAUAGUGUCAGUAGUACAAGCUAUUAUCAUAAGAAUUGAGGUUAUAUGAGAACCAUAGCUUAUAAGUCAUAUGUUCAAUUAUUUGUAAAGUCAUUAAUGUUUAUGUAAGGGGAUGCAUUGCUGAAAAUGAGUUCAGUUUUAUUUCUUUCAAGAAUUGUCUUUAACAAGGUGAGUUUCUCAUCAUCCCUCUAUGAUAUUGUUAGUUCUGUAUUUUAUUUUCCACUCGAGUUAAGACAUUAUUUUGAAGCUAUUCAAAUAUACAAAAACAUUUUCU